AUGGAGUCCCACCAACCCACUGCAGAGCCUCGGUUGAGCAGGCAGGAUGCUGGCAGUAAUGACGCCGCACAGAGAGACUUCGAUACACGCAGUCGUAAACUUCACAGUCUGAAUGUGGCCUGCAGCAACGGCGACGUUGCGGCUCUCCGUGAGCUUGCAGCGUCUAAAGGGGGGUUGUUGGACGAUGAAGUACGCCGCAUAGCCUGGCCACUGCUUCUAGGCUGCGAGAAGGGCGUGGGAUGGGAGGGCGCAGACCCACCACCUCACCGGGAUGAAGAACAGGUGCAACUCGACGUCGACCGCUCUUUCGUCUACUACCCGCAGGGUGAAUCAGACGAGAAGCGAGAUGCCCGGAAACAAGAACUCUCCAAACUCAUUCUCAUCGUCCUGCGCCGCUACCCAAUGCUCCACUACUUCCAAGGCUACCACGACAUCGUCCAAGUCUUCCUACUCGUGUUGGGCGGCGACGCAGCUGUCAACGCAGUCUCUCGCUUAUCCCUGCUCAGGAUCCGCGACUUCAUGCUUCCUACUAUGUCUGGUACAGAACCUCACCUGCGACUACUGCCGGCAGUUCUAUAUGCGGCAGAUCCAGCUCUAGCUUCACAUUUAUCCCAGACGCAACCAUUCUUCGCUUUGCCUGCUACCCUGACGUUGUAUGCUCACGAGAUCGAGGAGUAUGGCCAGAUCGCAAGGCUAUUUGACUUUCUGCUGGCGAGUGAGGCGGUCGUAUCGAUAUACCUGUUCGCGGUGGUAGUCAUUUCUCGGAAAGAGCAGCUGCUGGAGAUCGAAGCCGACGAGCCGGAAAUGCUUCAUUCCGUCCUCUCCAAGCUACCUAAACCGCUCGAUCUGGACAGUCUCAUCCAGCAGACCGCAGAGCUUUUCCAUCAACAUCCGCCUGAGAAGCUACCAGGUCGGGCAUGGUGGCAUAUCUCAUCCAAUAGUGUCCUGAAGACUACGAGACCCAACCACGACCCCAAGAAGCAAACAUUAGCCGACGGCCAGCGCUACUUUUGGAAAGAAGCAGCAGAGAUAAGGCGGCGCGAUGCCCUGAUGCGGACGCAACAGCAGGCUCAGCUGUUCCUUCGGCGCUACAGGCGGCCGGUCACGCUGACAGGGUCGGCGGUUCUGUUUGCCCUGAUUGCAAUUCUGUUGCGAAGCGAGCAUGCGCCCUGGGUUCCUGCGUUGGGCUCGGUGUUCAAUGGGCUGCAACGGACAUUCUACCAAGUAUGGCGGCAGUUCUCGACUUGA